UGAUUUUCACAAACUCAGAAGAUGAUGAGGCAUCAUCAACCCCAAGUUCCACACCCCAGGGACAGAGAAUGGGAGCGGAGCCCGGGCCUCAGCCACUGAGACGCUCCCAGCGGAUAAGCCCGCAAGGGCAGCCUGUGUACAGAGGACAAGACGGACCUGCACCCAAAAAGAAAAGAAAUUCUAAAAGAAAAACUAGAGAUGAGGAAAGUGACGAACUGAUGAACUCCCUGCCAGGGGCACCCAUCGCCAGUCAGGGCUCGCCAGUCAGGGCUAACCCCGCCAGCCUAACGACCCAGUCCCAGGACAGACGUUUAGGCGACCAAAGGGAGGCCUUCAGAUGGAAAGAAAGGGUGUAUUUCUUGGAGCAGCUGGAGGCCGCAGAGCACCUCCACAGCCUUGUGGAAAAGAUGCAAUGUAAACUUGACAUACCGAUGGAUGUUUGA